UUCCGAUUCUAUUUUCUGUUAGUCUUUCCGGUUCAAGUUCACGAUUGCAUGCUUCAUCUUCUGUACCGCGUUGAUCCGCUUCCAAGCCCUUUGUUUCUUUGAUUUAUGUUGUAAUUUUGGGGUUUCGUGAAGUUCUGAUGUCAAAUUAGGGGGGGGGGGGGGGGUAUUAAAGAUUCUAUUUCGGGCUUGAAGUUGUUGCUCAAGGACUAACGGGGAGGAUUUUUUUUCCUGGUGGCGACAAUGUCGACUCCUGCUAGGAAGAGGCUGAUGAGAGACUUCAAGAGGCUGCAACAAGACCCGCCUGCAGGGAUCAGCGGUGCCCCCCAGGAUAACAACAUAAUGCUGUGGAAUGCUGUCAUAUUUGGUCCUGAUGAUACUCCAUGGGAUGGAGGCACGUUCAAGUUGACUCUCCAGUUUACUGAGGAUUAUCCAAAUAAACCACCAACUGUGCGAUUUGUGUCUCGCAUGUUUCAUCCAAAUAUUUAUGCUGAUGGAAGUAUUUGUUUGGAUAUACUACAAAAUCAGUGGAGUCCUAUAUAUGAUGUGGCUGCUAUACUCACAUCUAUCCAGUCAUUGCUUUGUGAUCCCAACCCAAAUUCUCCUGCAAACUCUGAAGCAGCUCGAAUGUUUAGCGAGAACAAGCGUGAAUACAAUCGAAGAGUGAGGGAAAUCGUGGAGCAGAGUUGGACAGCCGACUAAGUUCAUCCUUAUAUGCAGGAAGCUUUGAGGGCAUGAAUUAGGUUGCAGUGGUGGCACCUAUAUAUAAGAAUGAUUGUGCAAACUCAUCAAAUAUAUAUUCUCUUCUGAUAUGAAUGAUAGCAUCAUCUUAUCUUUAAUUUAUUGUAGCUUUUGCAUUGCAUAUGUCAGUUAAUGUAAAAUAGAAUUAUGCGUGUCAAUUUACUUUGGAUUGUUGUCAAACAUUCAACAAAGAAGUUGUAGUUUGCUGAAUUGGUUAUGAUCGCGCAAUGGUUUUUGAAAAUUAGCUUCAUUUUGGUUUGCAUUGGA